UAAAAGCCACAGCUGUGGCUAUGCGCUCGCGCUGUGAGGCUGCAGAGAGAGAGGCGCGCGCACGCUCGCUCCGGCAAACAAAGAGACCCGUCAACAUCAUCCACAGUGCACCAGAACCCAUUCCAGCAAGGCCAAGAGGAAACAUGACUGCAAACGGAACCAGCGACAUGCUCAAAAUCCAAUUCGGAUUGAUCAACUGUGGGAACAAGUACCUCACGGCUGAAACGUUCGGCUUCAAGAUCAAUGCAUCAGCCACCAGCAUGAAGAAGAAACAGAUUUGGACCUUGGAGCAGAACGGCGAUGACUCGAGCACGUUCUACCUGAAGAGCCAUCUGGGGAGAUACAUCGCAGCUGACAAAGACGGCAACGUGACGGGUGACAGCGAGACCCCGAGCGAAGAUGGUCGGUUUGUAAUCACUGCACAUGAUGAUGGGCGCUGGUCACUGCAGUCUGAGCCUCACAAGCGCUACCUGGGCGGCACCGAGGACAGAAUUACCUGCUUCGCCCAGACCAUCGCCAUCGCAGAGAAAUGGAGCGUGCACAUUGCCAUGCACCCCCAGGUCAACAUCUUCAGCGUCACCAGGAAAAGAUACGCGCACCUGAGCUCUGAGCAGAACGAGAUCGCCAUUGAUCGAGACGUUCCCUGGGGUGUAGAUUCCCUCAUCACCUUGGUCUUCCAGCACCAGAGGUAUCACAUACAGACGUCUGACAACCGGUUCCUGAAGAACGAC